GUCAUGUGAUUAUCGUGUAUAAAAGCAGAAGCCAUUCCUUGCCUUCUUCAUUGGAAACCAUUGUAGUUCUGGUGACCUAAGUAGAGAAAAGUACGAAUUCAAAAUGCAGAUUUUCGUCAAAACAUUAACUGGUAAAACCAUCACAUUAGAAGUUGAACCAGCUGAUACCAUUGAAAAUGUUAAAGCUAAAAUCCAAGAUAAAGAGGGUAUUCCCCCAGAUCAACAAAGAUUGAUUUUCGCUGGUAAACAAUUGGAAGAUGGUAGGACUUUGUCCGACUACAAUAUCCAGAAAGAAUCAACCCUUCACUUGGUACUUCGGCUGAGAGGAGGUAUGCAGAUCUUUGUGAAAACUUUAACCGGUAAAACUAUAACCCUAGAAGUUGAACCAGCUGAUACCAUUGAAAAUGUAAAAGCUAAAAUCCAAGAUAAAGAAGGUAUUCCCCCAGAUCAACAAAGAUUAAUUUUCGCUGGUAAACAAUUGGAAGAUGGUAGGACUUUGUCCGACUACAAUAUCCAGAAAGAAUCCACUCUUCACUUGGUACUUCGUCUGAGAGGAGGUAUGCAGAUCUUCGUCAAAACUCUAACCGGUAAAACUAUCACAUUAGAAGUUGAACCAGCUGAUACCAUUGAAAAUGUUAAAGCUAAAAUCCAAGAUAAAGAGGGUAUUCCCCCAGAUCAACAAAGAUUGAUUUUCGCUGGUAAACAAUUGGAAGAUGGUAGGACUUUGUCCGACUACAAUAUCCAGAAAGAAUCAACCCUUCACUUGGUACUUCGGCUGAGAGGAGGUAUGCAGAUCUUUGUGAAAACUUUAACCGGUAAAACUAUAACCCUAGAAGUUGAACCAGCUGAUACCAUUGAAAAUGUAAAAGCUAAAAUCCAAGAUAAAGAAGGUAUUCCCCCAGAUCAACAAAGAUUAAUUUUCGCUGGUAAACAAUUGGAAGAUGGUAGGACUUUGUCUGACUACAAUAUCCAGAAAGAAUCCACUCUUCACUUGGUACUUCGUCUGAGAGGAGGUAUGCAGAUCUUUGUCAAAACUCUUACCGGUAAAACUAUCACAUUAGAAGUUGAACCAGCUGAUACCAUUGAAAACGUAAAAGCUAAAAUCCAGGAUAAAGAAGGUAUUCCUCCAGAUCAACAAAGAUUGAUUUUCGCUGGUAAACAGUUGGAAGACGGAAGAACACUUUCUGACUACAAUAUCCAGAAAGAAUCCACCCUUCACUUGGUACUUCGUCUGAGAGGUGGUAUGCAGAUCUUUGUCAAAACUCUUACCGGUAAAACUAUCACAUUAGAAGUUGAACCAGCUGAUACCAUUGAAAAUGUAAAAGCUAAAAUCCAAGAUAAAGAAGGUAUUCCCCCAGAUCAACAAAGAUUAAUUUUCGCUGGUAAACAAUUGGAAGAUGGUAGGACUUUGUCUGACUACAAUAUCCAGAAAGAAUCCACUCUUCACUUGGUACUUCGUCUGAGAGGAGGUAUGCAGAUCUUUGUCAAAACUCUUACCGGUAAAACUAUCACAUUAGAAGUUGAACCAGCUGAUACCAUUGAAAACGUAAAAGCUAAAAUCCAGGAUAAAGAAGGUAUUCCUCCAGAUCAACAAAGAUUGAUUUUCGCUGGUAAACAAUUAGAAGAUGGUAGGACUUUGUCUGACUACAAUAUCCAGAAAGAAUCCACCCUUCACUUGGUACUUCGUCUGAGAGGUGGUAUGCAGAUCUUUGUCAAAACUCUUACCGGUAAAACUAUCACAUUAGAAGUUGAACCAGCUGAUACCAUUGAAAAUGUAAAAGCUAAAAUCCAAGAUAAAGAAGGUAUUCCCCCAGAUCAACAAAGAUUAAUUUUCGCUGGUAAACAAUUGGAAGAUGGUAGGACUUUGUCCGACUACAAUAUCCAGAAAGAAUCCACUCUUCACUUGGUACUUCGUCUGAGAGGAGGUAUGCAGAUCUUCGUCAAAACUCUAACCGGUAAAACUAUCACAUUAGAAGUUGAACCAGCUGAUACCAUUGAAAAUGUUAAAGCUAAAAUCCAAGAUAAAGAGGGUAUUCCCCCAGAUCAACAAAGAUUGAUUUUCGCUGGUAAACAAUUGGAAGAUGGUAGGACUUUGUCCGACUACAAUAUCCAGAAAGAAUCAACCCUUCACUUGGUACUUCGGCUGAGAGGAGGUAUGCAGAUCUUUGUGAAAACUUUAACCGGUAAAACUAUAACCCUAGAAGUUGAACCAGCUGAUACCAUUGAAAAUGUAAAAGCUAAAAUCCAAGAUAAAGAGGGUAUUCCCCCAGAUCAACAAAGAUUGAUUUUUGCUGGUAAACAGUUGGAAGACGGAAGAACACUUUCUGACUACAAUAUCCAGAAAGAAUCCACCCUUCACUUGGUACUUCGGCUGAGAGGUGGUAUGCAGAUCUUUGUCAAAACUCUUACCGGUAAAACUAUCACAUUAGAAGUUGAACCAGCUGAUACCAUUGAAAAUGUAAAAGCUAAAAUCCAGGAUAAAGAAGGUAUUCCCCCAGAUCAACAAAGAUUGAUUUUCGCUGGUAAACAAUUAGAAGAUGGUAGGACUUUGUCUGACUACAAUAUCCAGAAAGAAUCAACCCUUCAUUUGGUACUUCGUCUGAGAGGAGGUUUCUAAAUGGAUAAAACUAACUUUUGUUUUUAUCGUGUUUUAAUUUAUCCAAUAAAGUUAUAAAGUUAACUGAACUAGGGUGACCCAUGUACUCACAGAAAUACAGUCCACAGCUGAUAGUUCGAGACUACCACUGAAGCGUGCACAUUCGCCAUAGUAUGAUACUAUAAAUAGCCAUGGCACAUGCAAUUCUCUACAAAUCUAUCAACUAUUACAGCCGUAAAAAAUUUAUUGUUGACGAUUUUGAAUAGCAGUAAAAUUAAGCUUCUUGGUUAUUACAGCAGAUUUAGAAAUUACGUUCGUUUCAUUUUUUAAAUCGCUUUAUCGUUAACUGUACCGUUAAGAGCGACAUCUUUUGGUUUAGUACAAAUAAUAUCUCUGAAUCACUCGGGUUAGACAAGAACAUGAUAUUAUCAGUAGUUUCAUUUUACUUUUACAAGCUUCUUAAAACGAUUGUUGACCUACCUAACGUGCUUAUUUCUAAAUUCAAUUUCUUGUUCUAGCUUUCUGUUAUGUUUCGUAAAAAAGUAGUCUUGAUUAUCCCGACCUGUCAAUCAGACGUAGAAUGGUCGAUAGACUGGUUAAGCGAGACUAAUUUCAAAACAAGGGCACGUAACCUAUCUUUUACUCAAAAGUGUCUGGAUGUUCUGGACGACUCUUGGAACCAGUUUUCAGUCUAUUAUUUAUACAUGAUUAAUGGUCAUAGCUUAUUAAGUACAACAUGAUCGUUUAUUUAGUGACUAUAAUUGUGUGAAACUGAUUUGAGGCUUGGCAUAUAUAAAUAUUGUGGCGUAAUUGUCGAGAUAUAUGGAGAUAUUUAUUUAUGGUGGGUCACCCUAACUGAACUAUAUUUUGUGUUUACUUAAUCCUUUACUGGUGUAAUUGAGGUGGACAUUACUAUAAUUUUCAUUAAACAAAUAAUAGUCUGUUUGCACAAAG